AUGGAUCCAACGUCGAAUCUCGUGAAAGGGAGUCAGAGGCAGGUGCGGAUAGGACGUGAGGCGGUGGUAGCAAGAGGGUCAGAAGGUGCGACGGUGGCAGACACCCUCUAUUGUUUUCCAUUUUCUUCCUCUUUUUUCUUCCUUGGAUUUGCAUCUGCAGAUUAUCUUCAGAAUUCCGACUUCGAGUCACCACCAAAGAACUUGACCGGAAACAGCAGUGUCCCAUUUGUGUUACUGAAUGAAAACAACAUGAUCCCAGGAUGGACAUUCCAAGGGACAGUUCAGUAUGUAACAGCUGGUCCAACCAUGGCAUUGCCAGAUAAUGGACACGCCAUACAAUUGGGUCAAGAUGCCAAAAUCAACCAGACUUUCCAAGCCAACGGCGAUUACAUGGAAUAUAUACUUACAUUUACUUUAGCUCCAGAUGGUCAGAACUGUUCAGCCAAUGCUAAUAUAAUAGUUUCAGGACCAGACAAUCAGGGGAUCUUCUCUUUCAAGCAGCAUUAUGGGAAGCAAGCAUGGCAGAGCUAUGGCCAGUACCUAGGUCUUGCUGGUCAGGAUGAAACAGUUAACCUCGUCUUUGAAAGCCAAGCAGUUGAAUCUGAUGAUAACUCCACAUGUUGGCCAGUCAUCGACUCAUUACUUGUCAAAGCAGUAGAAAAACUGGUUCAAAGCAAAGAUAACCUGUUGCUGAAUGGAGGAUUCGAAUUUGGCCCGGAAUUCUUAAGCACUCCACUCAGGGGAUUCUACUUGAUUCUGCAUUAAGUCCAGUUCAAUCACCGUUAAGACAAUGGGCUGUGGUUGGGACAAUCAAAUAUAUAAGCUCCAAGCACUUCUUUGUGCCCCAUGGCAAUGCUGCAGUGGAGAUUGUAUCAGGUAUUUCAGCUGGCAUACAUACCGAAGUAACACUUGCAGAAGGUUCUGCAUAUAAUCUGGAGUUCACACUAGGAGAUGCUAACAAUGCCUGUGAAGGAGAUUUUAUCGUAGAAGUUCAAGCCGGAUCAGUAGCUCAGAAUUUUACGAUAAGAAGUAAUGGGACAGGAUCAGCAGAGAAAUCUUUGAUCAAGUUCAAGGCAGGUUCAAGAGCUACUCCAAUCAUUUUUUCAAGCUUCACAAGAAGUCAGACAAAGAUGGUAUCUUUUGCGGUCCUGUGGUUGACAAUGUAGUCUUGCUCUCCUCCAAUGGCCUGAUAAUCAUAAUCAAUCCGAACAUUUUGAUUUCUCUGUUAUUGCUCAUAGUGAUUCUAUGGUAAUGAGCUCUAGCAUAUGCAAUUCUUUAGCUACUUAGUUGAGCAAGCCUUUUCUGUUGACAUCAAAAUUCUGUUUCACGAAGUGAAUUAGAAACCCUUUGGUGAACUUGCACCAAUCUGUAGUGGAAGCAAAGAACCUCAAUCCCUG